UCCUCAUCUCCUCCAGCACGACAUUGAACAGGAGGACCCCCGGGGGCGGACUCCCCUGGAGCUGGCUGUGUCCCUGGGAAACCUGGAAUCUGUGAGAGUCCUCCUUCGACACAAUGCCAAUGUGGGCAAAGAGAGCCGCCAGGGCUGGGCAGUCCUGCAGGAAGCAGUCAGCACUGGAGACCCGGAGAUGGUGCAGCUGGUACUCCAGUAUCGGGACUACCAGAGGGCCACGCAGAGGCUGGCUGGCAUUCCAGAACUGCUCAACAAACUCCGCCAGGCCCCUGAUUUCUACGUGGAAAUGAAGUGGGAGUUCACUAGCUGGGUACCUCUCGUGUCUAAGAUGUGCCCGAGUGAUGUGUACCGCGUAUGGAAACGGGGUGAGAGCCUACGGGUGGACACCAGUCUCCUGGGCUUCGAGCACAUGACCUGGCAGCGUGGCCGGAGGAGCUUCAUCUUCAAAGGCCAGGAGGCAGGAGCCCUGGUGAUGGAGGUGGACCACGACCGGCAGGUGGUGCACACGGAGACGCUGGGGCUCGCGCUGCAUGAGCCUGAAGCACUGCUGGCCGCCAUGCGACCCAGUGAGGAACAUGUGGCCAGCCGCCUCACCUCCCCUAUCGUCUCUACCCACCUGGACACUCGAAACGUUGCCUUUGAGAGGAACAAAUGUGGUAUCUGGGGAUGGCGGUCUGAGAAGAUGGAAACUGUUAGCGGCUACGAGGCCAAGGUGUACAGUGCCACUAACGUGGAGCUGGUGACACGCACACGCACGGAGCACCUCUCUGAUCAGGACAAGUCGAGGAGCAAAGGGGGGAAGACUCCGUUCCAGUCCUUCCUGGGGAUGGCGCAGCAGCACUCCUCCCACAAUGGGGCUCCUGUGCAGCAGGCAGCCAGCCCCACCAACCCCACCGCCAUUUCCCCCGAUGAAUACUUCGACCCCAGCUUCAGCCUGGAGUCCCGAAACAUCGGCCGCCCCAUCGAGAUGUCCAGCAAAGUGCAGAGGUUCAAGGCAACACUGUGGCUGAGCGAGGAGCACCCGCUCUCCCUGGGUGACCAGGUGACACCCAUCAUCGACCUGAUGGCCAUCAGCAACGCUCACUUUGCCAAGCUGCGAGACUUCAUAACCCUGCGCCUCCCACCUGGCUUCCCUGUCAAGAUUGAGAUUCCCCUCUUCCACGUGCUCAACGCCCGCAUCACCUUCAGCAACCUGUGCGGCUGUGAUGAGCCCCUGAGCUCGGUGUGGGUGCCGGCCUCCAGCUCCGCAGUUGCGGCUUCAGGGAGCCCUUUCCCAUGUGAAGUGGACCCCACUGUGUUUGAGGUGCCUGAGGGGUACAGCGUGCUGGGCGCAGAGCGCAGCGAGCCCCUUCGAGAUGAGGACGAUGACCUGCUGCAGUUUGCAAUCCAGCAGAGCCUGCUGGAGGCGGGCACGGAGGCAGAGCAGGUGACUGUCUGGGAGGCCCUGACCAACACACGGCCAGGCACCCACCCUCCUCCCCAAGCCACUGUCUAUGAGGAACAGCUUCAGCUGGAGCGGGCCCUCCAGGAAAGCCUGCGGCUGUCCACAGAGCCCAGGGGUCCAGGAUCCCCUCAUAGGACACCCCCAUCCCCAGCUCCCCCGAGCUUUGAAGAGCAGCUUCGUCUGGCCCUAGAGUUGUCUUCACGGGAGCAAGAGGAGCGGGAGCGGCGGGGGCAGCAGGAAGAGGAAGACUUACAGCGGAUCCUACAGCUUUCGCUCACGGAGCACUGAGCCACCACCCGGCCCCUGGGAGGGUUUUCGGGGCCACUCUCUCCACUUGCUUUUAUAACUUAUUUAUUUAUAAACUGUCUGCUGCUGAGGUGGGGCCUGGAGCCCUGGGGGUGGGCUUGCAGUGGAGACGGAGGUGAAAAUAAAGAGACUGUCAGCAGCA